AUGCUUGCCAUGUCGGAUAGCUGCCGCCCGCCCUAUGGUCGAGCCCACGACCGCUUUUUGGACUCUUCUAUUCUCUCAACGAAGCUGCUCUUGGACUUCGACUCCAUCUGAGCGUUUUGCAGCCUGUUGUUGCUGUUGCACGACAUUUCAUCAAUCCUCCGGUUGUUACGUCGCCUUCGUGCUCUCAGAUUGACUGGCUACAUCACUGACAGUUGUAAGCUAGUAGUACGAGUGAAGAGACACCUUUCGACUGACCGGACUGACCGGGCCUGGCAAGUCUAUACGGAUUACAAGGAGCAGUAAAGGAACAUGAUCCAUAGACCGAUGUCGCCAUCCAUCCCCAGAACAACGCAACUCCAGCUUGUGUCGUUAGGCCGACACAGCUUAUUCAUGCUAGCGCCCCUUUUUUUUUUUAAUCAGACAUUAAAACCAUGGCACAUGGUUAAAGGCAGAAGCUUUCCCUUAUCCAGGUGGUCCCUGUUUAAUCAAGAAAGGGUGGGAUAGGAAUAAGGGUGAAAUCAAUCCAUCAUGGUGUGGAGGGAUCAGGCAUUAGGCAUAAGGGUGGGAGGAAGAGAAGGUGAGGCAAGGAGGAAAAAAAAAAAAAAAAAAAA